UGUUUCCGAUAUUCGGAGGGCCGGGCUGGCACUUGCCCCGAGCCUCGCGAAUAGAAUCGCAUACAGGAACAUGUUGCAUCAUUGCAUCUCAGCUUUCGCUUCCACCGUAUCUUCAUUACUGGCUUGCUGCAUUCAUAGACACAAGCUGCACGGCCAAUGUCUGAAAUGAACAUCGCGUCCACUACAGGUUUAGACGUGGGAGGCGGCGUGCACCGUAUCUCCACAGAAGCCGGACAAGACGAUUUGGAUGAUGACCGGGCAACCAUUGAAGCUUCACACUUGCAAGACACGCAGGGAGACACUCGCAUACGCUGGGUAUACUUAAUGCUAGGAGCCGCUACUCUGCUAUCAUGGAACGCAAUGAUCAAUGCAAAUUCAUUCUUCAUGUCGCGGCUGGCAGGUUCUCCACUGAGAAUAUCCUUUAGUUCGUACUUGUCUAGUGUGUUUACCGCUAGCAACGUGGUUACAUUGGGACAUGCGAUUGUUACCUCGAAACAAUCUUCCCCUUCCAGGCGCGCCUUCUGGGCCACCGCGCUCACCUCGGCCAUUGUCACCAUACUGUUUUUGACAACGUUCAUCCAUCCUAGCCCAGCUCCGUUCUUCUACUUCAUCAUGAUAAGCGCGUUCUGCUUGUCGGGCUGCGCGUCUUAUCUAUCAAACUCGGUAUUCGCCGGCGCAGCACUCUUUGGCGCGCCUUACAUGCAAUCGGUGAUGUCUGGCCAGGCCGCAGUAGCCGUUGCUGUCAGCAGCGUGCAGGUCGUUAGCUCCGCCAUCUCAGUUUGGGGAACCACUCCACUGACUCUGGGCAUCAGCGACAUCGACCCUGAUGGCAAAGCUGAGGAGAAAUCUGCGCGUAUAUUCUUUGGGAUUUCUGCGUUGUAUAUGAUUGCUACGCUCCUCGCAUAUAAGUGGCUAGCGUCAUUGCAAGUGUAUACGACGACCAUGGGGGCUCUUGAGGAUAACCUCAAGACCCGAGUUGUCUCAAACGAAGCUGAUGAACGGCAGCCUCUUUUGCCUGCGGCAUUACCAAACGCGGUUGAAGGAAACCAGAUUUUCCGUAUUUUCCAGACCAAUUUUAUUUAUAAUUUUGCUGUUGGAUUUGUUUUCACUGUAACUUUGGCUGUUUACCCAGCUAUCACUGUCACCAUCAAGCCGACGAAUACAAAUACUCAUCCUUUACUGUUUAGUGCUGUACACUUUUUGGUGUUCAGUUCCGGUGACCUUUUGGGAAGACACAUGUGCUCCUUCCCAAAACUCAUAAUCUGGUCGGCUCGACGCGUUUUGGCUCUUAGUCUCCUUCGGACCCUGUUUAUCCCCAUGUUCCUUCUAUGCAACGUGGAACAUUCACUCCCUGUUGCACCGUUUAUCAGCUCUGACUUGCUUUAUAUGCUACUCAUGUGCGCUCUGGGCGUAUCGAACGGUUAUGUGUCUACUUUGUGCAUGUUGGGCGCGCCCUCGUUGGAACACAACAAGAGACUGAGGGGCCGGCAGGAAGAUAUUGACGUUGCUAGCACCGUUGCAGCUUUCUGUCUCAUUGUGGGAUUAGCAGUUGGUGGAUUUGCGAGCUUUGGGGUAAGAGCUGUUAUCUGCGACUGUAAUCCGUUCGCGUCCUAGAUCAAGAUGUCUCCUAAGUACAUACAUACGAUACCAUGGAAUAUAAUUAUAAUUUAUACCUUU